AUGUUGUUGCAAAACCAGCUGAAUAACAACAACAACCACAAGAACAAUGACAACGAUCCUCAAGCUGCUAUGGCUAAGAAACUUGCUGCAUUGAAAGCUCCACAAUUCAUAAGGAAGGAAGAUCCCAUGUUAGUUGAGAACUGGGUACAUGACUUUGACAAGAUUUUUACUGCUGCUGGAUCCAAAAGAAAGGUUAUUGGGGCUGGUACUGCUGCUACCUAUAAGGAGGCCUAUAAUAGAGCUUGCAAUAUCGAAAGGAUUUUGAAGCGUGAGCAGGAGGUCAAGGAUAGGCAUAAGAGGAAAGGGAAGGGUGAGAGUUCAUCGAACCAUCAAAGUUAUGACAAGAGACCACGCCUCGGGGGUAAUAGCAUUGGGAAUGGUGGAAAUGGUCAGCAUGAAGGUCGUAACAGCAAAAUCGAAGUUGGUCACAAGAAAUUUGAGUUCCCAAAGAAGCAUAUUGACAAUAAUCAGGCUCAGAAUGGGCAAGGUAACAACAGUGGCAAUAAUGGAGGUGGUUAUGUGAGGAACUCAAACUACAACAACCGCUUUAACAACAAAUCUCAGGGCUAG